AUGGCUAACUCACAAGGUUUACAACAGGACGGCACGUCUUCAUCAUCCACCCUACCGGCGGUGCUGAUUUACUCCCGCCUCCCCUUCUCUUGCUGCCCACCGUCCUACGGGUUUCCUCAAGGGAAAGCUGAAAGAUUCUUCUUCUCCGACUCUCGCUUCUCCACCAUCCACACAAAGCCUACCGGAAACAGCGAUAUUCCAUUGACAACAAUGCCUAAUAAAAAAGGUUCUCAGGCUCCCCCUUUGUACCUGGGAUCGCCCAGCUUCGAUGAACUCUCUCAGAAUGCCCGCUCGCCACUGAGCCCCCAAAGCCCCAUAUCACCCAGGUCCCCUACAUCACCAUAUCUUCAAGCAUCUACUCUCCGGCCAGUGACGGGGAAAAAUUCCUCUAUUCCUCCACCAAUGAAAACUUCUGCCACUGAAGAGAACAAUGAAAUACCGCAAACACCAGGCAUAACGGCAAUCCCACAAUAUCCACCUUCUCCCAAGGAAGCCACUAAACGUGGGCGAGAUCCGUCGAGGUCGUUCUUUUCCAACCUCAAAGCGUCCAAGUCAAGUCACCGGCUUCAGUCGUCAGAUGGUCCGGAAAAACAGACGGCCGAUAGCAACCCCCCGCCAAGUCGAGGCAGCUCGAAUGAUAGGGCAGCAAAUAUGUCUAGUCGGGGACGGAACGGUUCCUCCACAGAUUUCCCAACUUCGUCUGGUCGUGCUGAAAGAACAAAUGGCAAUCGGAAUGACGAUCAAUAUCUGCGCAAGGAAAGCAUAACUGAUCCUCACAAUUUAGCGUCGAAAAAAAUCAAGCCCCGUUUCGCCAACAUCCUUACUCGAACACGAUCCAUCCGGCUGGACGAUUCGUAUGCCACUGGUAAAAGCCAUCCACCUUCAAGACGACCAUCGAAUGGUUUACUACGACUAGAGGAAAUUAGCAGAAGCAACGAUAAUACCCAACCGCCAUUGAAAACCGCACCAUUACAACCGGACAAAAUGUUCAGAGACGUGAUGGGCUGUGAGGAAGAAGGUCUUUAUCGCGUUCCAGGAAGUGGAAAGGAUGUUAAACAUUGGCAGAAGCGGUUUGACACAGAGUACGAUAUUAAUUUGUUCGACGAACCCGACCUAUAUGAUAUCAACACUAUCGGAUCGAUGUUCAAAGCAUGGCUCCGCGAGCUACCCGAUGAAAUAUUCCCUAAGGCCACACAGGCUAUGAUCGCAGAAAAGUGUAUGGGCGCCACAACUGCCCCGCAAAUGUUGAAGGACGAAUUAUCCAAACUACCCCCCUUCAACUACUACCUCCUCUUCGCCAUAACCUGCCACCUAAGCCUCCUACACUCCUACGUCGACAAGAACAAAAUGGAUUAUCGCAAUCUCUGCAUCUGCUUUCAACCGUGCAUGAAAAUUGACGGCUUCUGUUUCCAGUUUCUAGUCUGCGACUGGAAGAAUUGUUGGCAGGGUUGCUGGACUGAGAAGGAGUAUCUGGCAAUCGAACUUGAAGCGGAAAAGAAGGGUAUGAAUAAAGAUCAGGCGGCUUCGAAUGAAAGGGAGACUGCCGUUGAGGAAAGAGCUAUCUCGUCAUCGGGCAGCAGUCAAGCUCCUAAUACCACCAACAGUGAUCAUAAUGAUAAUCAUAAUCAUAAUAAGGCAAACAACAACAACAACAACAAUGCCAACGCAGCCUCAAAUAGCGAAACACAGGCGUCCGGUCGCCCGGCCAGCCCAAAACGCGGACGAAAACCAGCACCACAGAGCAUUAACAGCUCGCAUUCACGUUCUCAAUCACAAUUACCGGAGCUUGGCCCGCCGCUUUCACCCAUUAGGAUUUAG